AUGACCCAAUUAGCAGAAGCUAUUGAAGGAGGAGGAGAAGCAAAAAAAUCUCUUAUCAAGAUUAAACCAUUUAGAGAAGAUGGUACUGAGGACCCUAUUGAUUGGAUCAACAAAUUCGAACGAGCUACUACUGCCAAUAACUGGA